AUUGAGAAAAUGAGGGCUGGGGGUCUACGUUGAAGUUUUGCUCGCUCCAGCGAGUAACUUGAACAAAGUUCCCAACUUUCGGUUCCUUCUCUUUUUGGGGGGUUAUCAUUCCUUUUCAAGUCGUGGAGCAGUUUCCAUUUUCGAUUCUAAAUCUUCAUUCUUUUCUCUCAUUUUUUAGCUUGGGAUGAUUGGUGGGGGCUUCGUGGUUCCUUUCUUGAUUCCCACCCUCUUGCCCUUUCCCUUCUGUUAAAUUCUUUUUUAACCGAUUCUCUUUGUUUCGGUUUCUUUUUUGUAUAUAUAUAUUUUUUUUCCAGUACCCUUUCUGCGAAUUCACACCCCCACAUGCAUGUUGCUGGGUUUGUCUGAUCUGGGAUUGGAUCGCAAGGAUCUCUUUGUUCUUUGUUUCCUUCUUCUUUCUUCUUCCUAGAAAGAGAAGAGAAGAGAGAGAGGGAGAGAGGUGGGCUUUUCAGGACCUGGGUCUUUUUGGGGGUCGUCCAAGAAGAAGGAGAAGAAGAAGAAGAAGUGCAAAGGAAAGGAAGGUGAGAUUUCUUGGCUUGGCCUGUCGGAUCUUUCCAACUUGGGGCCCACCGUACGUGAUUCUUUGCUUUGCGUCCUUGAUCUCAACCCGAGUGAAACAUUAAAGCUCGUGAUUUUUAUGCCACCCUCGUUUUGUGAUCUGAGCUGGGUCAGAUUUGUUUAUGGCAAAAAGUCCUCUUCAGUUUCUCCAUUUUGGGUGGAAGAUAAUCGAAUUGGGUCACUCAUGGUGGCUUCAAUAGUUUUAGAAGGUUCUCUCCCGGUUUGAGGCUUUCGUUUUGUUCUCCUGGCCUAGAAUUUUGGUGGGGAGAACUGGGAAUUAGUUGGGUGUGGUAUUCGACCAAUGGCGGGAGUGGAUGCUUCGAAGUAUGCUCAUAGCCCUGUGCAUAAAGCUAUUGCCAUGAGAGAUUAUGCCAGUCUUAGGAAGAUCCUCGCUAGUCUCCCUCGCCUAUGUAAUCCGAACGAGAUUCGAACUGAAGUGGCUUCUAUGUCUGAGGAAGAGAAGGCCGAUACCAUCUCCACUGUGAUAGAUCGACGCGAUGUCCCAAAUCGCGACACUCCGCUCCAUCUGGCCGUCAAGCUGGGAGACGAGACCGCCACAGAGAUGCUCAUGGUUGCUGGCGCGGACUGGAGCUUGCAGAACGAGCAGGGGUGGAGUGCACUCCAGGAAGCGAUUUGCAAUAAGGAAGACGCUAUUGCGAUGACGAUAGUUAGGCAUUACCAGCCACUGGCAUGGGCGAAAUGGUGUAGAAGGUUGCCUCGGUUGAUAGGGACUAUGCACAGAAUGAGGGACUUCUACAUGGAAAUCACCUUCAAUUUCGAGAGUUCUGUGAUUCCAUUUAUUUCAAGGAUUGCCCCUUCGGAUACUUACAAAAUUUGGAAGAGAGGAGCGAAUUUGCGUGCAGACAUGACUUUGGCAGGAUUCGACGGUUUUCGGAUUCAACGUGCAGAUCAGAGUAUUCUCUUUCUUGGUGAUGGGUCGGAGGACGGGAAAGUUCCUCCUGGUUCGCUUUGUAUGGUAUCACAUAAGGACAAGGAGGUAAUGAAUGCGUUGGACGGUGCCGGAUCUCAAGCAACUGAAGAAGAGGUUCGUCAAGAAGUGGCUGCGAUGUCUCAGACAAAUAUAUUCAGGCCAGGGAUUGAUGUCACACAAGCAGUCCUCUUACCCCAGUUGACUUGGAGGCGACAGGAAAAGACAGAGAUGGUGGGCCUAUGGAAGGCGAAAGUAUAUGACAUGCACAAUGUAGUGGUGAGCAUAAAGUCUAGAAAGGUUCCAGGUGCUAUGACAGAUGACGAGUUCUUCUCUUCUUGCAAUGAAAAUGAAACAGAAAGCGAGGAGAUUGAUGACCUUUUGACAGAAGAUGAAAAAAAGCAACUUGAAGCUGCGCUGAAGUUGGAUUCAUCAGACGAGCAUGGUGAUGGAGUUAUUGGACAUCGCCAUAGUUGCUAUGAGAGGAGGGAGAUUCCUAUUGAAGAUGUGAAUGGUUGUGGAAGUGGCGACAAUAAGCAGGAGAAGAAAGGAUGGUUUUCUGGAUGGAGGAAACGGGAUCCCAAGAAUGAAGUGAACAAGAAACUUGCUCCUCCUAGGAGUUCUCUUUGUGGAGAUGAGAAAGUGAGUGAUUUACUCGAAGAUUCACCGUCGAGGAAUCAAACCAAACCUGGUAGGCAUUCUAUGGAGAUUGUUAUGAGAGGUGACGAUCAGCGUAGAGGAAGAGAUUGCAGACCAUCUUCAUCUGCAAGCUCCGAUAGCAACAACCGCCGCAAGGAUGGAGGUCGCGAGAGUGAGUAUAAGAAGGGGUUAAGGCCUAUUCUUUGGCUUUCUCCUAGCUUCCCUCUGCAGACAGAAGAACUCCUUCCUUUGCUUGAUAUUCUUGCCAACAAAGUCAAGGCCAUCCGUCGUUUAAGAGAAUUGCUUACAACAAAACUCCCGAUGGGCACUUUUCCAGUCAAGGUUGCAAUACCUGUGGUCCCAACCAUCAGAGUACUGGUUACUUUCACAAAGUUCGAAGAACUACAGCCCCUGGACGAGUUUGCAACGCCGCCAUCAAGCCCUACAGGUCAAGAAAGCCCGGCCGUGACGAGUACCUCGACUACAUCUUGGCUUCAGUGGAUAAAGGCCCCAUAUCAUCGCCCAAGCUCUUCCUUUGGCGGUUCUAGCAGUAGGAUAGAGAAUGUCCAGGACCCAUUUCUGAUCCCGCCGGAUUAUACAUGGGUCACUGCCGAAGCGAAGAAAAAGAAGAUGCAAGAGAAGCAGAGGGCCAAGAAAGGGAAAACUCAGAACCGCUGACGAUGCGCGUUUUAGGAUUGGGAGCAGGAGCUAAGUUAGGUACAAAAAUAGAAGUGUUUUUAUUAGUUCGUGAAAUUCGAGAAAGUGGGUGAUCCAUACAAUUGUGGUAUAACACAUGUGGGAUUGGGUGCAAAAAGAAACAAAAAGAAUCUGUAAUUCUUGCUACAACUUCAUUUUAUCUGGGCGAAUCUUUACUUCAUGUCGGCCCAUUGAUCUCUUUCUUCU